GAUAAUAUUAUUUAUACAGAGAAGGGAAGCUAUCAUAUAUUUAUUCUCUCCCACAUCCUCCUCUCUCCUGGAUUCUUAUCAGAUACCCCUCGUGUGCUCUCUUUUCCCUCCAUUAAUGCCCUCUUCACUCUUCUCUGAAACUUGAACCUCCAUCACCCUUUCCCUUCUCUGUCAUAACUCUUUUCUUCCUUUAUAUGUAUGUGUGAAUGUUUUUCUAGCUAGCUGCCUCUUUCUCCUCUCAUGGCCCUUCUUUUCUCUUUCCUUUUCUGGGGUUCUCUCUCUGCUCUUAUCUUUAUCAUUCACCGGAAGUCUCAGCGCCAGAGGCUUCGUUUGCCGCCUGGGAACUUGGGCCUUCCCUUUCUUGGAGAGACUCUGCAGUUGAUAUCUGCAUACAAGACUGAGAACCCAGAGCCCUUCAUCGAUGAACGAGUGAACCGGUUCGGUCCGUUGUUUAUCACCCAUGUUUUUGGCGAACCAACUGUUUUCUCUGUAGACCCGGAGACGAACCGCUUCAUCCUUCAAAAUGAAGGGAAGUUGUUUGAAUCUAGCUACCCAAGUUCUAUAUCCAACUUGCUUGGAAAACAUUCUUUGUUGCUUAUGAAGGGUAUUCUCCAUAAAAGAAUGCAUUCUUUAACCAUGAGGUUUGCUAAUUCCUCCAUUAUCAAAGACCAUCUUUUGGUUGAUAUAGACCGGUUGGUUCGACUCAACUUGAAUUCCUGGACCGACCGGGUUCUUCUCAUGGAUGAGGCCAAGAAGAUAACAUUUGAGUUAAGCAUGAAACAACUAAUGAGUUUUGAUCCAGGAGAAUGGACAGAGAGUUUAAGGAAAGAGUAUAUGCUUGUUAUUGAAGGAUUCUUCACUUUGCCUUUGCCCAUCUUCUCCUCCACAUAUAAGAGAGCCAUCCAAGCUAGGAUUAAGGUGGCAGAAGCUUUGAGCUUGAUUGUGAGGCAAAGAAGAAGAGAAAGCGAGGAAGGAGAGAGAAAAAAUGACAUGUUAGGAGCUCUUUUCGCUGCCGACGACGGCGGCUUCUCCGACGAGGAAAUAGUGGAUUUCUUGGUGGCUCUUCUUGUUGCUGGCUACGAAACCACCUCUACUAUAAUGACUCUUGCUGUUAAGUUCCUCACUGAGACUCCUAUUGCUUUGGCUCAGCUCAAGGAAGAGCAUGAGGGGAUUAGGGCAAAAAAAAUUGAGGUAGAAUCACUUGAGUGGAGUGAUUACAAGUCUAUGCCUUUUACUCAAUGUGUUGUUAAUGAGACUUUGAGAGUAGCAAACAUAAUUGGUGGGGUAUUUAGAAGAGCAAUGACAGACAUCAAUAUUAAAGGUUACAAAAUACCUAAAGGAUGGAAGGUUUUUGCUUCAUUUCGAGCUGUACAUUUAGACCAUGACCAUUUCAAAGAUGCUCGAACUUUCAAUCCAUGGAGAUGGCAGAGCAACUCAGGGACAGUAAGUUCAGGGAAUGCGUUCACUCCAUUUGGAGGAGGACCAAGGUUAUGCCCAGGGUAUGAGCUUGCUAGGGUAGAACUCUCUGUUUUCCUACAUCACCUGGUAACAAGUUUCAGUUGGACUCCUGCUGAGGAAGAUAAGUUGGUUUUCUUUCCGACAACCCGGACACAGAAACGAUACCCCAUUAACGUGCAGCGUCGAAACCGUGUAAAGAGUUAGAUCAGGAGAGAAGGGAGAAUGAGUAAAAGAAUGUAGAAGAGCAUGUAACACUAUUGAUGCAGGAUCCAAUAAAACUAAAAAGUAAUAGAAUAGCAUGAGUAAAUUAUCAAAUUAAUGUGUUUCAAGUUGUGGAAUCAAUUAUUAAUAGAGGUGGGAAUUAAGCAUCAUUUGCCUCCAA